GUUAGGAUAGCCUAGCCUACUACGAGGAGAGAGAGCCGAGCAUGCAGGGUUUGUAGGAGGGGCCUAAACGGUCAUCUCUUAUAUUGAAAACUCGAGCCGGUGGCUGGGAGAAUUCGUAUUUUAUCCUGAAUUUGAACAGUAGCCGCUGUGACCACCCAUCCACCUCUUGCACCUGGCAAUACACCUGCCGUUACCGACAACACUUGCACGAGACCUCCGGGCUUCACUAACGCUGUAAAGAUGAAGAUUGAGAACAGCCUGCCCCGCCCCCAGCUCCCCGAGACCCCUCCCCAGACGGGCCUCCAGUUCACCGUGGCAACAGAGGAGGACUUUGAAGAGAUCAUGGCGAUGAGCCAGGACAUCUAUGGAGGGCUGGACUACCUGCCGACCCGCUACACCGCCUGGCUGUCCGAGUCCAACCGCACCGUCAUACUGGCCCGCAAGCAGGGAAAAGUGAUUGCCCUGGAGUCAGUGUGUGUGAUAGAUGACGGUGACACCAUGCUGGUGGAGGGGUUACGUGUGGCCCCCCAGGAGAGGGGGAAGGGCGUGGCAGGGGUGCUUCUGCGGUUCUGCUCUCAGCUGGUCAAGUCCAAGUGGCCUGAGGUGAAGGUGACCAGGCUGACCCGCGACGAUCAGCUGGGGCCCAAGGACUUUCAGAAGUACCGCCUCAUCACCAAACAGGGCAUCCUGCUAGUUCGCUUCAAUGCCGAAGACCUCAAGCUCCGGCUCUCCGAACUGGGGCUGCAUGUGACCCUCCCUCCCUCCUCUGAGGGUACCCCCCAGGGUUCUGACACCCCCCUGGUUCCCCCGGUCCUUCUGGACCUCAACGAGGCCCACCAGAUGUUCCUCAACUCUGGCCUGAUGUCUGACGUACUCCCUAACGCUACCAUCGUCCAGGACUGGCAGCCGUUCAAGCCCCUACCCAGCAACAUGGCCAUUCUUCUCAAGAAGGACAUCGACUGGAUGGUGGACGACCGCGACGUCCCCGCCGUGGCCAGCCUCUGCACCCACCCCUUCCGGGUGCCCGGAGGUCCUUACCGAGUUGGUGACGACACGUACUACCUCAACAUCGACGUGUUCGGCAAGGACAUAGGCCUGGUGCUCCAGCAGUUCCUGAGUCACCUCCGGCGCCACACAGCCACCCUGAAGGGGUACGUCAUGUGCCAGAUGUUUCUGUAUCCUCCCAUGUGGAAACCCAUGGUCGAAUUCUGUCGCCAGACACUGAAGGUGGAGCUGGUUAAGGAAUACACAGAGCAGUGCGUGGUCGAGUCGGAUGUCAUGUAGCUGGCAGAAGAGGAAGGAGGAAGAGGAAGAGGAGAAACAAUAUGAAGGAAAAAAAAAACAGGAAAAGUUGACAAAUUCAGAAAAUGUUUCAGCGACCCAACGAAUGAACAAACCACGUUCUCUUCAGAAAAUGAAAUGGAAUUGUUCCCAAAGAAACUUCGGAACAAUUAGCAACAACCUCCCUAAGCAAGUCUAUAGUGAAACAACUUAGAAGCAGCAUUAGAUUUGCAAUAUGUUUGAUAUUAACACUACCGCUAACAAAAAUAGUUUAGGAAAAAAGGCAGUUAUUCAAAAUACCUUUGACAAAUUAGUUUCAAUUAAUUUCUCAGUCUUUUACCAUUCAGUCAUCGCAAAAAUCUAACUCUUAACAACAGGAGUAACUUUAUGCUAACGUUACUCCUUUAAAAAAAUUGAAAAUGCAAGCUAGUUUAGGGUAUGUCAUGCCGUUUAAUCCUUUUUUUUGUAAAUAUAAAGUAUAAAUAUGUACACAUUCUGAAUUGCAAAUAAGUCUGCACAACUCUUGAGGCACUUUAUUAAACCAUAUGAGCUGUUGUGCUAAAGUGCGAGUGAUGAAGUGAGGAAGAGAGGAGUUGGGUUACUUUUAGAGAUAACUGAAUUUAACUGAUUUAGAACGCAUCACUCCCAUCCAUAGUAAUGGUAGAAAUCCUUUUGGACUUAUUCUAUCUAACACCGAAUCCCCAAAUACUGUCGAACAAACAAUAGCCCUUCAGUGAAUCUUACAGAGCAUUUGCACGCUUAUAAUUCACACUAAAUGGCUGAAACGGAGCAGCUAGAAACACACUUAGCUCAUAACACUAAAACAUGGCCAGUUCAUUUGUAAAACAAUUUAGUUGUCUUCGUUGUUUUUUUAACAGUCACUCAGUUGUUUUGUUUCUAAGCACUUCACCAUAUUGCUAAUUUAUUGCUACUUUUCCACAUGUACUUGAAUGCAUCAGUAGUAUGUAAAGAGGUAAUAUAUUAACAGCAGAAGCUUUCUGGAGGCUUUCUUAUAACAAUGUGCAAUCUAAGCUCACGCUAUAGUAGAUUGCUAACAGUGUGAAAAAGGUAGAUGUACUAUACAGUAUUCCGCAAAGACUCAAACAAUUGAACUAAUAUAGUUGAGAUUGACUUAACAUUAACAACAUUGUUCAGUAGCUAGAGAAAUAUUUCAACGGUAAAUGUCGCCAUCACAAAUAUUAUCUGACAACCUUUGUAAAGGUUGAAUUCUAGUCCCUCAUGGUUGUUGAAAACAUCAACAUAGAUGCUACAGUCACUCUAAGACACUUCAUAUCCACUCUCCGAAGCUCCAUAGCCACCCUAAGAAGCUUCAUAAGCUUUGGCACGUGGUAAGAGCUCAGCAAAGCAAAUGGGACACCGUUUGCUCUCAAAGGCCUCAUAACCACUCGACAAAGCUUCAUAGCCACUCUACUAAGCUUUAUAAGCUUUUGGCUCUUUGCUCUUGAACGUUCCCUUUAAGAAGUGAUGCUUUUGACAUGACGUAGCACUGAACGAGCCUACAUUGCAACCCCCAAAUUGAGACUGAAGCCAUCUAAAACCACUACAGAAGAGAGACUGGCCAUUCUAUGGACUCUCCAACCUGCCCUCGUUGUAAAAGGGACCUUGUUGUAAGGGACGAAUUGGACAGCGGAAGAGAAUAUCUUUUUCCAUUUUUUUGGUACAUUGACCCUUGUCUGGACACCCCAUCUGUCAUCCUCCUGUCUUCCCGAAACGAAAGGUUAAACGCACUCACACAUGAUGAAUGAAGGAUUGGACUGGAUCGAUAUCGGACGAUAGAUGGACAAGAUGCCUGGAGAAAGUGGAAUGAAGAAUGAAGCAAAUGUCAUACCGGAUUCCAUAUUCGUCAAAGAAAAACAGAAACAACAAAACAAUACUUUGUAAAGGCUGAUGAUGAUUUUCUCAGUUCUUUGAGAAGCACUUUCUAUUUUUUUCACCCAUUGAAGAGGCAAAGCUGGACUGACUCCCCUUUUUUUCUGCAGCUAGUUGUGAGGAAGAGGAAGAUAAAGAUUUUAGCAACCUGAAUCCAGUGGGGAAGAGAAGAAGAGAAGUAGUACACAAGCAAUCCUACAUAGAUGUAUUUUUAACAAGAUUGGCAUUCACAUUCUAGCCCAUUUACAUCUACCCAAUUCAUACACUCCACCCCCACCCGACUCUAAAGUCUUACCCCUACCCCACAUACGAAACCCCACAUGAACCCCCCCCCAGACAAAUAAUUUCUGAGAAAUUCUCCAUGAUAUGGGAAGGUAGAGCUUUUCCUCACAAUCAAGAACAACCCCUCUCUCAUUCUCUCGCUCUUCAUGAAUAGAUUCAAGACCAAUUUAAAGCCACUGAGUUUAAAACAUAAUUAUGUAGAUUAUCUCCAGCUCUUGGCUGGUCAAAGGUAAGGGGCCCUGGUUGUACUGUCAUAUCCAUGCUGGCCAUCUGGUGUAUGUAAAUGGUCUUGGAGAGCCUGCUUUCCUGCUGCUAGUGUGUGAACAGAGGACCAGAUGAUGGGGGGGGUUUAACUGUUCAUGAAACUUAAGUAAAAACGUUAUUAACCUAAUAUAAACCUUACUUGGCGUCUGGUUCAUAAAAACCUAUUCAGAAAACCGCCUAGUUAAUUGUGGCUUCGUAGGACACACAAGCGAGUAAUACUUUUUAGUUGGUGUUGGACAUUCAUGAAUAGAGAUCAGUGUAUUUACAGGAAAGUCAUUGAGAUGGGAGCAGAGGAGCUAAUAUGUCUCUCUGAUAAGACAGAAUAGUAUAUCCCUGUUUGACCUUUGAAAAGGAUCCUCUUUUCUCUCCAGUCCAGUCCACACCCCAUAGUCUGCCUGUCGGUCUGUCUGCACAACUGGCAAAUGGAAAGCAGUCCUACCGUUCCUUCCUGGUCUCCGUAGUAACGGAGCUCUCAGUUCUUAAAAAGUCAUCCGAGUGUUAGUGAGGAGUGCGAUAUAGCUAUCUUAUAAUAACACAGUGUCAUGGUAGUUUGACGGUGGUGGACGUUGCAUGGUCUCAGAUAGACCGUGUUGUAUUGUAUAGCCUAUAUACCCUGCAAAGUCCACAGACCCACUGAUCCAAUGGCUUUCCAAGACCACGUAGCUAAAAUGGAUACUACAGCACGGUCCGAGGAUACGACAGGGAAGGAUGUAUUUGGUUGGAGGGUGAACGCGCUAGGUAAACUUACUGUAUCUGAUAUGAUACACACGCACGCACGCACACAUACACGCAUCAGAUCCACACGAAAGGAAAUGUCACCUUCCCAAAAACGACCCCCUCAGCCCCCCAUCACACCCAUGCAAUCUAUUGCCCAAAUGCCCACUUACCCCCACGACAACAUGUCCUUAUCUAUGUUGUAUCUACUACCACAGGGACAAGGUUGUUGUCAUACAAACUGCCUCCGUCCCCAACAUACCCACCCAGGAAAGACUGUCUAUAUCCAUGUUCUCCAUCUCCGCUUAGACUAUACAAACAGUUGUCUGGUGAAUUGGUGGUUUGUCUGUGUCGUCUAGUAUAUUUCUAUAUAUUUGACCUACAGACAUGUGCACAGUAUUUCCGAGAGGAUGUGGGAUUCAGUAGGUAUAUUUUGUCUUGGUACUUAUUUGAUUAUUUGUAAAGGUAUGUUGGGUUGUGUGUUUGAGGGAAAGCUCGAAGACAACGUUUGGUAGAGAUCCAAAGAGACUGGAUUGGUUCUACACUGCUUCAAAAUUAAUUUGUCUACCAUCAGAAAAUUCAGAUUGAUCAAAAGACUAUAGCAGAUAGUCCAAGCACUCUGAUUUAUCCUUGUACUCAGAGAUAUUCUCUAGAGAAGUACAAGUCAUCCACUGUUCUGAAAGAUUCUAAACAAACUCUCCUCCCUCCCUUGUCCCCCAGAGCACACAAUCACAGCAAAGAGAAUGAAUGGUGUUUUAACCAACAGCCUUGGAAAUAGAUAUGGUCUAUCUUUUUAGGGUUUCCUAAAGCACUGUGUAGUAGUAUGUGACAUGCACUUUACAUGUGAAAGCUACUGUAUGGAUAUGUACUAAACCAAGAGGAGGGUACUUCAUACUCUAACCAUCCCUGAUAGCGCUGGUUUUGAUUCGUUUUUUUUAUUUUUUAUUAUACAAUGAGGUUACUGUUACUGUGCUACCACUGAGUCUGAUCUCGGUCUAAUGAUGGUAAAGUAAGCAUUUUGUUCAGCCGAUUCAUUCGCCCUCUGCCGCUGUGAUUCUGUUGGGGAGGGCAGCAGGGCAGCGAAUGAAACGGGGGUCUGUUCAAAAUGAUUGAUGGAGUGUUGGGAAUGGAAUGGAAAGAUGGACGGAACACUCGAUAGUGUUCUAAUGUUUUCUGUCUCGUCAACGGCGAUGUUAAUCAGCCAUGGUUACAAUCGCCUCGGUUACGCGACUCAGAGCAAAGAUAAGAUCUCCGUUGUGAAUGAAUUCUUUCUCGUUAUGAAUCUGAUUGGAUGCUUAAUUGGUUGAUUAAACAUAAUAAUCAUACAUACUCAUUAUUGAUCACAUUUGAUGUACAAACAGUGCUUUGAUUUACAAUUUCGGUGACUGUCGAUGGCUGGUUAUCAUCUUGCUGUGGGUUUGUGUUCUCCAAUUGUACAAAUUGUUAAUUUUGUCUGAGAUUCUUUCGUUUUUUUUUUACAAUUAUUUUAUCUUAUACUAAUUAUUUCCUCUUAUCUACUCUGUAUUUUUCCACCAUCCCAUUUUUUUUCAGUUUAAUUCCUCACCCAUGUUCACCUUGUUCUUAAAACCUCUCAACAUUUAAUCUCUUUAAAUCUAGAUUUGGCAUUUUUGAGCAGAGACGGUUAUUAUUAAAAGCCUGAGCUGUCAUGAAGUAGAUAGAGCAGAGACGUGUUACAGUUGUUAGCAUUUUGUCUGAUAGGGAGCAUGAAAGGUGCCAUGGGAUGGGUUUCAAACACAGGGAAGAUGUAUUGUCUCGAACUUGUAUUGGUAACAUUGCUUGGUCCCAGAUCUGUAUGCGUUUCAGCCAUCUCCUCUGUCUUUGAUAGUCAGAGAAAGUUGAUUAAAACACAUACUGAUCUGGGACCAGUCUAGUGGCUAGUGGUAGCUAUGCUUGGUGGUGGAGAAGGAGAGAGUAAAACGAACCCCUCAUCCCUCCUUUAGGAAAUGGCUUUUCACUUUUUUUUUCUGGGCCUGGUCGCAAAGACAGACGAGGGAGGGAGAGAUGGAGGGAGGUCAUAGAGGAUAUGGGGUUGAGGGAAGGUGAGGUCAGGGAGAGCAGGAGAGUUGGAGGGGAAGGAGGGAUGGUGUGGGGGUUGUGGAGAAGAGGAGAUUAGAGUAGAGUAACAGGAGUCGCUCUCUCUCUCUAUUAUUGCAUUACCACUUUGGUAAUUAAAGGUCAUAAGAGGUUGGAAAAACCAGGGGAGGAUGGUUACAGUAGGAACUGUAGACUCUACUGUACCCCAGGCACCCUGAAACAUUCUGUGAAGCUUUGUAGCCACACUAAGAUGCUUUAUAACCGCUCUAUGAAGUUCCAUACUGUAGAGUCUCUGCUUUUACCCACGUUUGUGGGUAAAAGUUCAGGCAAAAACGUGGGGGGAGACAGAGAUAGCAACAGAGAGGAAGAGGUGAAUGACAACUGAGGACGAGGCCGGUCAAACUAUUUAUACAUACUACCAUUGAUAUGUAUCCACAGUAUGUGUCCUUGUAGACACUACAGCAGGGCUCUCCAACCCUGUUCCUGAAGAGCUAUCAUCAUGUAGGUUUUCUCUCCAACCCCAGUUGUAACUAACCUGAUUCGGCUUAUCAACCAGUGAUUAGAAUCAGGUGCGCUAUUUUAGGGUUGGAGUGAAAACCCACUGGACGGUAGCUCUCCAGGAACAGGUCUACAGCCUGUGUCUCAUUGGCAGUGUUGUGAGUGAUAGAUUGUCUUUUCUGGUCACCAGUUAUUUCGACUGGGUUACAUUUUUCACAUAACCAGUGUUGUCUUUACAUCUGCUAUCCAGGGUAACUAGAGAACCAGGAAGUCAAGUAAACGCUCGAUGCUGUUCUGUAUGCAGAGGCUGUGUCCGGAAUGACACUCUAUUCCCUACAUAGUGCACUACUUUUGACCAGAGCUCUUAUCAAAAGUAGUGCACUAUAUAGGGCAAGGAUGGGCAACUGGCCCAUGGGCCGCCCCCUUUUGAUGGCCCUCGGAUCAAUUCAGUUGGGAUCUCAACUUACUGUUGCAGGUUAGAAUAGUAGAAUACACAAGGUUCUCUGCUCUGCUGGCCAGUAUUUAUCUCCGCUCAUACGCAAGUAAUAAAGGGCUAGUGUACUAAUUUGAUGGAGAAAAUGUAUUUUUAUAUUUUAAUAUAUAAAAAUAAAAAUGUGAUUUAUCAUGGGGUGUUGAAGUACCCUCAGCACCCCUACUUCCCGCGGCUAUGCAAACAUUUCUCUCCACCUUAUAGCAAAAUGUGUAGAAUUGCAGGAAAUGAGUUAUAAAAUUGGUAAAUCUCUCUGCCCCAUGGAAAAAUGUGGAGAAUUGUAGAAAACUUGCUUUAAAACAGCUACAUUUUCUCUACACUCCAUGGCAAAAUGUGUAAAAUUGCACAGAAGUACCUCUAAAGAUUCUAAAAUGUUCUCUCAGCUGUCAAGGGGGGGCUGUUAAAAUAAUUUGCUGCCAAUGUGGUGGGGGGUAUGCACAUAUGGGUACGCAGACCCGCGAGUAACUGUGGUCCCUCAAGAUGAGUUCAGAUUUUUUUGGGUCCCCCACCCCCAUCAAAGUUGCCCAUCCCUGAUAUAGGGAAUAGGGUGCCGUUUCAGACACACGAUCAGGGUUUCCUUUCAAAACUAAAAUACAUUUAAUCCCCUAUGGGGAGGUGAGAACCAGCAAGGUUUGUAUUUAUAUAUAUAUAGACUAACUCCACAUGAGAUGGGGUUGAAGGCCCAUCGCCUGCUGAUGGCAGGAUAAAUGAUACAGUAAGGGGCCCUAAACACACACAUACAUUCAUACACACACACACACACUUUACAUGCGUCGACAUGAACACAGGCAGGAGUGUCUAUUCCUCUCCUAAACUGCUUACUGCUUACCCAGCGACACUGAAGAGGCUACGCGACAGUUAGCUAGAGUUUCAGCCAGACUUUCUCCCCGCGUGUGUGCGUGCAUGCCUGCGUGUGUGCGUAAUCGGUCGACGUGUCACAGUGUCUGGUUGCACGGGGAGAGAGACAGAGACCCUUUUCAGUCAAAUAGGGCAAUGGUCUCCUUACCAAACCACCUGAUCCUCUACUGUCUCAGCGGGUUGUGAAUGGAAAGACUCCUCCUCCGUCCCAAUUGGCACCCUAUUCCCUCUGCGGUGCACUACUUUUGACCAGGGCCCAUCGGGCUCUGAUCAAAAGUAGUGCACUAUGUAGGGAAUGUGGUUCCAUUUGGGACAAUGACUCUGUAAAGAGAGAACAGGAGAAGGGGAAGAAGAGGAGAAGGGGGGGGGAGAGGUUAGGAAAGAGAGAUGUGUAGGGUUUUUCAGAUGCUUGUCUCGAGUUAUCUCGAGCUUGGAAGUGGAGAAGAGGGAACGAGGUGAGAGGUUAGGAAGAGAGAGAGAGUUUUUCAGAUGCUUGUCAUGGUUUUGGAGAGAGGCGGACGGAUACCUACUGUCUACUUUUAUGGCUGUUGGAAGCUGCUGCUGGUGGAUGUGGUUUUGGCUCAAUGCGUGAAGCUCUGGAUGUUGGAAUGGACUCUGUGUAGAGGGUACAGGAUAAUGGUCAUUAAUGGGUCAAUUAUAGCUAGGCUUGGAAUGGAUUCAGACAGUGCUGCCAUUGAUAUCGAGUAGCCAGGAGUAGUGUAGUUGUACACAGACAUACACAUGUAAUACACACAUGUAACUUAUGUAAUACACACACAAGCACAUGUAUUCACACACAUACUGUAACAUGUCAAAUUGAUCAUAAUCCCAUUUUUCUAUGUUUUCUAAAUGAAUGAAAGCGCCUACCUAUAAUGCAUGUUUGAUCAUCGCCCUGUCCUGGGAAAGUGGUUUUACAUUUGUUUUGUUUUCCUUUGUUUUUUGUUUUUUUCAUCCCUUCUUUACGUUUAUUUCUCUUUCUCUGAACCCUAAAAGAGUCUUAAAUCUCCUUAUUCAACUAAAGGUUCAUUUAAGACAAAUCUUAAUCUAGGUCAAAGACAGAAAUGCAGGGUAAUUUUGUGUCAAAAUGUUGUCCAAACCUGUGAAAAGGAAUUAAGAAGAGAAGCACAAAUGAAAGCUUAAUGUUUGCAAAUGAUAAAUUAAACUAAAACGGUCAUUAAAACAACACACUUUCAACUGAAACCACAAGCAGAACUAAGAUGUUUCAAGUCUUUUCCUCUUAAUUUCCUUUCCGAGGGGGGGAUAAAAGAAAAUUAUAUAAUGUGACUACUUGACCAUACUGCCCCAUGCCAAUGUCUCUUUGAACUGUGAACAACUACUGUAUUGUGCUUUUGUGCAUUUAUAUGUUAUGACUGUUGAUGAAAAAUACUGUAAAGAACAUGGGAGUGGAAGAAACCCUAGGAAUAGAAACAUGGCGGCUGUUACCAUUGAUUUGAAUGGGGAUGGCCAUUCUAGGAAUUCUAUCUCUAGGGGUGAAACGCAACUGGACCCUCUACCCUAUCUGUCUGUGACCAUGCAUAUAGCCUCUUGUGUUGUGAUAACUAAUCGUGCUAACCGUGCUAUGUGCAUGUUAUCCAACCCAAAGUAGCACUGACUGUCCUGCAUAUGAUAUACAGUAUGUACCCUUGUUGCAUACUUUCAUGUGUACAUUGUAAAUAGCCUAAAAAUCGAUCUAUCUGAAAGGAAGUCUGAAUAUGGACUUUUAGACGAAGACAAGACACAUCAUAUUGUAGUUUUGUAUGUUUGAACAGUUUAAAAGAGGUUUUAGAUGCUAUAUGCACUUUAAGAUCAAAACAAACAUGAAAACAGUCUCCGGUUGCGUAUCCAUACCCAAAUUCUGGAAAAAUGUUAAGUGGGAUUUAUUUUUCUGUAACACCAGACCAGGGUGGGGGGGGGGGGGAUUUCUGUGUAACACCUGACGUGGUCAUUCAGUGGGGUUUCAUUCAAUUCACUUCAAAGGUCUCAGAGCUUCCUGAUCAAUUGGUCCACCACCACAUUCAUUCCUCAGGUAAUCUUGAGUGAAUACUCUUACUUACUCCCUUUCUUUCUUUGUUUCUUAUUUACAUCCAAAGAUGUAAAGCAAAGAAACAGCAUACUAUGAUAUUAUUCUCCCUAUUAAGUGGAAUAAUAAACCCGAAUACUGGGGUGUUCUGGGUCCAAAUGUCAGUUAAAGUCAAACCAAAGUCUUCUCAGAUGGUCUCCCAGGCAACACAACACAGCCCCAUCUGUCAAACUAUACUAUUGUUAUAACGUCACAAUCAGAAUUGAUUAUCUAUAAUAUUAAGGUCGAAACACAGCUUCUCUGUAUGACCUACUGUAAAAAUCGAAAUAAAAAAAAAUCACUGUAAAUGUACCUGUACAGAAAUUGAAUGAUGGCAAUUACUGCUGUGCCUGAAAGUGACUUAACAAUCUCCUUUAUUAGAAAUAACAAGAGAUAUUUGGAGAUUCCAAGAUUAGAUGUAUCUGGAGACGCCUUUAAAGUUAACAAAUAGAUAGCUUUGGUCAAAGACAUGGCCAUUGCUGUUCAUGAUUGUUUUUAUUUUUCAACAUCAAAAAACAAAAAGCGGCAAAAUAUUCACACGUACCUUGCCAAGCUUUCCCUAUAGGGGUCCAACUAAAUGACCAAUGUCUGAAUGAACAUACAAAUACAUAUGUUAUAUAGACUUGGGUUAGAUGAAAGUGCCAAGACCUUGACCCCUGCUCGAAACCACCAAGGUCCUAAGGUCAAAGGUCAUAGAGCAAAGGUUAAGGUGCUGGAGUUUUCAUUUAGCCCUUUUUUUCCUUGAUAUGGCUGCAGCUGUCGAGUUUCACCUAGAGUCUCACGAUUAUAUACGGAUGCACAGUAUAGUGUGGAAUAUAUUGUGCGUUGAAGCCUAUAUGCCACUGACUCAACAGUUAUAACAGGUUAUAACCUGCAAUCAGGUUAUACUGAUCAAUUCAUGCUAGUAUUAUAGGAUCCUGAGUGAUAAAAGUCAGGAUAUACUGUAUAUUUAUUAGUCUAAUAACUUUACAGUUUUAAGUCAUUUUAGUGAGACUUCUUAUUGGAUUUACAGCUGUGUGUCUGCCGAGGGGUACAUACAAUAAUCAAGCCAAGUUGGUUAUUUGAAAAAAAUGUAUUCCUUUUUUUUCUCUCUUAUUAAUCGUUUUUUUUAUACCCAACUUUCCCUGCUUAUUCUCAAGCGGUGAUUUGGAGAAAAAAACGGAUUGAAAAAAAACGAUUUAGAUUUUUUAUUUAUUAUUAUUAUUAUUGAUUAUUAUUAUUAUUAUUAUUCCGUUUUCAGAAGAGAAAACCAUUUGUGAGACUGACAGAUGCAAAACUAUUUUAAAUACAAUCAUUUUUUGAAAAAACCUUUACAAUCUACGAGAGGUCUAUUGGACGUGUUGUUUUCCUCCACCUCGAAUGCAAAAUGUGUGAAUGUUGAGGAGUGACGAUGGGUUUGGCGCAGAAACGUGGCUAGGUUUACACUGAGCAAAAUGACUAAGUUCAAACAUACAACAUAAUACUUUAGAAACCUCUUAGGACAAUACUUAAGAUACUACUUUAGAUAUGCAUUUUGACUUUGUCUACGGCAGUAUUUUUCUGUAUUGACCAAAUGAUUGAGUUAUGCAUUCUUUUAACACGUUACUUUUUACUAAGGAGGGAAGCUAGUAUUAUUUGGGGGGAGAGUAUAUGCUUAGAUAUGGGACACAGAGGUAGAAGUUAAAGUUUAAUGGCUUUACACACACACACUCACAAAAUGAUUUUUCGGUGUAAACCUAGCCAUAUACUUACAUGUAAUACCAUUUUUUUUUAACGCUGUAUAAUCUUAAAGUGAUGGCUACAAAAGGGGAAGUAGUAUUCACUGGUAACAUUUCUUUCCUUUUUAAUUUUGCUUGCGUUUAUAUAAUAUUGUUGUAGUAGUAGUAGUAAUCUGUAAAGAAAAUUGUGCAUUUCAACAUACCUCCCUUUCUCUCCAUUGUUAGGAUAGGUAGUUUAACCAAGGACGUUUUAACAUCUACAAACAUAUAAACCUUAUUACAUGUAUAAUGCAACAGUAGAUAUUGUGACAUUGUUAAAGACAGAACAGCAGCAAAACACAGAAACUUUGUGUAACUGUAGAAACAUUGUGAAGCCAUUCUAACAUUGUGAUGAUAACAGCAAACUGAAGUCCAGGCUGCUUAUGUGUGUAGUAGUAUUUGAGUAAUAUUUGAGUAGUAUUUAAGUAGUAUAUCUGUAGUGGUAUUUUUUUCUUAUAGGAUAAACGAACAAUGCAAGACCAACAGGGAAGAGAUGCAAAAUGUUAGAAAAUGAAACAGAGCACUACAGACUCUGACGUUUUCAGAAGUUCUUUGUUGAUUGUUUCUUUAUGAUUUUUUUUGUUCCUUAGUUUUUUUUCUCCUCAACUUUCUCUGUUUUGAUAUUUGCCUUUGUUAGGUGUUGUUAGGUAAAAAGAAAAGAAACACGAAAAAAAAAGAGAAAACAACAAGUGCAUGCCAGAAUGUUAGGCUCUUUCUAUAUAUUAAAAGAGCUCACUUUUUGUGUUAGACUUACAGAAAUUUACAAGGACAAAAAAAAGAAAAGAAAACAAGAAAAAUAAAGGUGGGGUGGUGAGAUGUGUGUGUUUUACAGGGGCACAAACAACGAACAAACAAAACGCCACGACAAUG